AGUUUUCAAAGUGUUUGCAGUGAAUAGUGCGUGAGUGUGUGUGUGUGUGUGCUUACAGUACUACUUUGCUUCCAUCAAUUUUUCAAUCAUCAAGUAUUUUGACAAUUAUUCAUUCGUGUGUCGUGCGCGUAAAUUUUACUCGAAAUCAAGUGUGGUGUUUCCCAGCCUUUAAAAAAACAUUGAACUGAUCGAUAAUUUUCAAAAGUCAUGUGGCUUUAUAUGAAAUCAAGGAGUGCUUUGACGGGAGAUUUUCACUGACAUGAAGGUUGUGAAGAAUCCACUGGUCUACGGGCCACUUUUACUUGGCAGAUUAUCUAAAGGCACUUUCAUCAAAAAAUAUCGAAAGUGCAGAAAUGGUUGUAAAUUGAAAGUUCGUUUUAAUCGUGAAAUUAAAUAAUAAGAAGACAAUAUAUAAAGUUUUGUGAAGAAGAAAAAAUCUAAUGCCUGAGCAUUUUUGCUUCAAAAGGCAUCAACCUUCAACUUGUGUCACUUGUGUGUAUAAUAUAUAGUGUGGAAAAUUUUUUUUUUAAAUUCUUGUGUCUAGUUUUUUAAUAUUGAAAAGAUCGUUUUUUUUAUUAACAAUGGCUUCGACAUCGAGUCCAUCGGUUCAAGUAUUAAUGAAUAAAGGAAAACGUGGGGCUGCUGCCUACAUCCAUGCAGAAUGUAGCAACCGGGCUAUGGGAUCCGGCUGCCCACGUCAUCUCAAUGAACUCCUGGAUAUUUUACUGAAUCCUAGUAAAGCUAUCGAUGACUGGGAAACCAUCGACUGGUGCAAGUGGUUAAUGGCCGGGGGCCGAACACCAGAUGAAUUUGUUAACACAGUGAGAAUUUACGACAAUGCGACUAAUUGUGGAUUAGUUUGGACGCCGAAUUUUGUUGCCUAUCGAUGUCGAACGUGUGGAAUUUCCCCGUGCAUGUCACUGUGCAAGGAAUGCUUCAAAAAAGGAAAUCAUACUCAACACGAUUUCAAUAUGUUUAUAAGUCAAGCUGGAGGUGCUUGCGACUGUGGAGACACGUCUGUUAUGAAGGAAGCUGGAUUUUGUGACAAACAUGGACCAAAAGCAGCGGCCAACAAAACAGUCGCACCUUCGGAAUUGAUGUGCGUGGCUGAAGCAAUGAUGCCAAGAAUUAUCCUCCGACUAAUUCAACAUCUUCGAGAAAAUUGCAAAGUUGGAGUAGCCGAUUAUCGGGUCGCUAUUCAAGGUGCAGAUGCUUAUUUAUCGAUGCUAUUAGAUUUUAAUAAUAUGGGUGCAGUAAUGCGACAUGUAAUGACCGCAGCACUCACGAAUCCUCAAAAAUAUCGUUGCUUUAUGGAUCCUUCAAUUUUCACUGGGAAAUCAGAUUACGAUAACUACUGUCAGGACAGUAAUAAAAUUUAUCAAGACGCUAUUAAAUCGCUACCAAAUCCCGAACCACCAGAUGAAUAUAAAGAAUGUGCCUCUUUGAGAGAGCAUUUGGAACACAAUACAUUUUUAGAGGAACUCGUUUUUUGGACGGUCGCUUAUGAAUUUCCUCAAAAACUUGUUUGCUUUUUAUUGAAUAUGCUGCCGGAUCCCGAUUACAAGGAGGACUUAACUAGAGCUUUUGUACUUCACUACAGUAGAAUAUCAAUGAUGCUGGAACGAUCGACAGAUCCUGAAACUUUAAGUAAUCGAGUCGUUCACGUCAGUGUACAGUUAUUCAGCAAUGAGGGCUUGGCUCUUCGAAUGGUUGAUCAGUUGAAAUUACUUCACGUUAUGGUUAUUAGUUUAAAGUACAUGAUGGGAAAAAUAAUUAUUCAAAAUACACUGCACGAUCCAGAUAAAAAUUUCCACUAUGUCGUUGAUUGUGGUCGUCAAGUGAUGAAGGAACAUUGUUAUUGGCCUCUCGUGUCGGAUUUAAAUAAUGUACUCUCACAUAAACCUGUCGCUUACAGAUUCAUGACGGACGAUACUCUUUUAGAAAUGUGGUUCGAUUUUCUCUCCAUGUUUCAGGGUAUGAAUGUGAAUCAACGAGAAUUGGGACAGCAUGUGGAGUUCGAGCCUAAUACUUAUUAUGCGGCAUUCAGCGCUGAAUUAGAGGCGAGUGCUUAUCCAAUGUGGGCUUUGGUGUCUCAUUUACAAGGGCCUGAAAGUGUUGUUCUCAGUCGACGGAUUCUUACAUUUUGUCUCUGUGCACUGCAAGACUGGUUGGAUGCUAUUAAUUACACCGACACAAAUGUGAGCGAUAGACUGCAGGUCUCGUUUCAUCUGCCUCUUCACAGAUAUUUUGCAGUAUUCAUGUGCCGUGCCGCCAAACAACAGGGAGUCACACUUCAUGAAUUAUUGCCGUCAACUGAAAUGCUGCACCUUCUCAUGAUGCAUCCAUUACGUGUCCAAGUGGCGUUUUACGAAAUUUUGAAUGGCCUUUGGGUUCGUAAUGGAUUACAAAUUAAAGGACAGGCGAUGACUUAUGUUCAAUCGAAUUUCUGCAAUUCCAUGGUCGACGCUGAUAUUUAUCUUCUUCAAAUUUGUGCAAUGAAAUUACAACCUGAUGUGUUCCUGAAAACAGUCAUCGAUAAAUUCCACGUGAGAGAAUGGAUGAGUCUCAGUCUCUAUCAUGCGCCACAGAAUGAAUAUCUUGAAGGUGAACACGAUACUCCAAUGCUCGAGAGUUGUUUGACAUUUUUGGCAACGUUACUCAAUAUUCGAACGAAUUUAGGACUUUCGGACGCUGAAAUGGCUGGUUUAGAAAUGGUGACACUUUUAUGCAUCGGAGAUAAAACGCACAGUCAAUUAAUGGAAUUAAUGCCAGAACGUUGUGGCACAACUCAAAAUCGUGAUUUUGAGGCAAUUUUAAGAGACGUCGCUGAUUUUAGAGCUCAAAACACUGAGGCAAGUGGAAACAUGCAGCAGAGAAUGUACGGUCCAAAACAACGUGUUUGGGAAGAAUUAUUCGAUCCAUUGCACGUUUCCCUGAGGGCGGUUCAUAGAAAAGAUUUUCAAGUAGCUAUGGAUCGAUUUAUUAAAUAUGUAAAACAAUCGGGAAAAGUGAAAAAUAGUGCAACGCCUUGGCCACCGUUUCGACAUCCUGUUCCUGUUUCGUCGAAUUAUGACGAUCCAAGACUCGUUCUUCGAUCGAAAGUCUUCCACGCAAUGAUUUAUAUUAUUUUGUAUAAAUCCGUUAAUGGUCACAAUGUUUCGGAAAAUGUAAUGGCUUUGGCGGUUUAUCUUUUAGAAAUGGCUGUUAUGAGCGCUGAAGUUCCUGAUAAAGCUAGCAAUCCAUUGUGUCAGUAUACAAGUGGAGAGUCUUCUCGUGUGAUAAAAGAUAUGGAAUUGUCGAGUUGGUUUGCAAGUGACGAUUUAUCAGAAAAUCUUCGAACUGUCGUGCCUCGAGUUAUUUUGAUGCAAGAAACGGAGCACAACAGUAUGACUAGUGAAUAUUGCGACUUUGAUUGGGAAGUUCAAGGAGAAAUGACUGAAGUAGCUUCGUCGUUAAUGUUAGAUGAUAGUGUCGUUGAAAAUGCUUUGGCACUUGCCUUUGAGACUGUUGACGCAAAUAGUGAUACAAUGGGCGAAUCCGCUUCGCUCCCGGCUUUACCCUCCAGCACUAAUGUUGAAUAUAGCAUGGCUAUUGUACCUGAAGAUGGAAUUGUUGCCAUUCCACGUGGCAAUAGUGACGAGAUAUUAAUAACACCUCCGCAAAGAGCGUUGCCACCGUCCAUCGAAGAAUCCAUGGCCCUUGCCCUUGAAUCACCUCCUUCACCGCACCAUCAUGUAGGUCCACCGGCUCUACCUCCAGUGCCUACCGUCCCCGCUGUUCUGGCUGGAAACGAAGUAGUUCCGGUUCAAAAUCUAGAAUUAGAUACAAUUUAUCCUCGACUCUCGAGAAGGUCUGAAAAUGUUACGACUGACAUUGUACCCUCAACCUCAAAUACUCAAAGACAUCUUAGACAUAGAGAUCCUCAAGUCGGAUCUUCACAUCCGCAAACAAUGUUGAGAUUAGGAGAAAGUAUAAUCUCCCUAUUAUUAAAACUUCACUCGCAAUUGUCCGGCGUGCCCGAUAGUUAUUAUUCCGAUUCACAUGAGACGAAUGAUGCGGAGGCAAUGAGUGGCUGUUCGACUGAUGACGAGAAGGAAUCGCGUAUUGGCGAUGGACCCUAUUUUAUUUCGCAAUUGUUGAAGAAAAUUGAGAAUCUGGAUCCAAUGUGUAAGGAUAGUAUUAAUGAGACUAGAAACCAAUUGUGGCCGAGAAUGCAGGAAUACGAGGACGAGCAACGUGAACGUGAGCAUCGUGAGAAGGAGGAGAAGAAACGAAGAGCGAAGGAGAGACAGCAACAAGUUAUGGCCGAAUUUGCCAACAAGCAGAAACAAUUUAUGGAGAAGGCCAUGGAAAUUGAUGAGGCAGAAGCUUCCGGCAAUGAUUGGAGUGGUGAGGAGAAUCAAAAUAAACUUAUCAGCAAGAAGGAAUACGAUUGCGUUAUUUGUAAUCAAACGACUCAUAGUAGUGAGGAUAAACCUAUGGGACUCGUUGUUUUAGUACAAGCAACGAGCGUUAUGGGCCAUGAACGACGACAUUCUGAUAGAUUAAUUCUUCGUAUUUCUGACGAUGAUUCCACGCAAUCAAGCGAAACGACACCUAAAGCUGAAACUCGUGGUGCUGCUCUUGAUAUUAGAAUGACGGAAUUAACGAGACAUUUCGAUUUGAAUUCUUGUUUACUUUCGGUGAAUCAAGGCUGGGAGGACGGUGUUCAUGUGCAAACGUGCGGUCAUCAUUUACACUUGGACUGUUUAAAAUCAUAUUUACAAACGUUGCGCAAUCAACAGAGACAACAGACAUUGGCCGUUGAACGCGGUGAAUAUUUGUGUCCAUUGUGUCGUCAAUUGGCGAAUUCAGUUUUACCUCUAUCGCCACAAUUGGGUGAAUGCGCCGCAAUUGUUCGCUCUCGGCAAGCGUCACCGAAGAUAAUACUUUCCGAACUUAAUAAUUUUCUCAAUGAUAUUCAACGAAAUCGGACAUCGUCUAACUUAUCGGUGGCAAUGGGAAAAGCCAUGGAGGAUAUGACGGGCGUCACGUACUUAAAGUAUAAUCAAAAGGGUAUCACUCCUAGUCAUGAAAGUCUAUUUCUUUUUGUAACUUCGGUGGCGAGGACAAAUUUUGAAGUUGAACUGAUUCAACGUGGCGGUUCGCUUUGUAUUCCACCGACGACUGUUCCACUCACGCCGAAACGAGACUGCAUCGUUGCCCUGCUUCACGUAUUAGCGGUGCACGCGAGAGUUUUGACGAAUUGGUCAGUGUCCCACACUUGGCAGCAAUUGGCAGGUUUACCCUCGGACGCCUCGACGCCGUUGGCACUUAUACCUCACGAGAAAGAAGUUCCUCUACUUCUCAGGGAUCCAACAGCUCUGCUUCUGCAGUUUAUUCUCCUACUGCCCUUACACUUAGAUCAAGCUUACUUUUCGGCCGUCGUUAAAGUUAUUUACAAUCUUUUGUAUUAUCAAGUUGUUCUUCAAAUAAGUUGCAACUUAUCUCAAUUGGAGAGAAGUGCUCUUCUUCGAAAAUCAAAAAUUUGCAAACACGAUUCACAUUCAUUGGAAACAACAUUGAGCACUGUCAUUGGCUAUUUUAAUGACAGUAAAAUUUAUGGUAACGAUCCAUCGACAAGCGAAUCGUCCAGUAGACGACCAGUGUCAGCGACGAAUAUUCAAUUUCCUGGAAAAACGCUCAAUUUGGAAUUGAUGGUUCAAAGUUUGUGCCUACCAUUUCUGCGAGUCGCCGCAUUGUUAAGACAUCAUUUAUACGAGCAGCCGAUUCCGUUUAUACACUCAGUGCAGGAGGAAUUUGUGAGACUUGUCUAUUAUCUUGAACUCGUCACGGAGGGAAUGGACAUGGAGAUCUUUUGCUCCCUUGUCGCUCUAAAUUGGCAGGACGGCGAUGCGGCUAUCGAAGUUCCGCGUCUUUGGUGCGAACAAUACAAAGCUUUCGUCUAUCGCAGUGAAAUUGCCGCCAAGAAUUUGAUCGUCGACCAACAUAUUAAUUGGCAGAUGCCAAAACUCUUCAGUCUUCCUAGGGAAUACGAAAAAAUAUUCACGUAUUAUCAUGAACGUCAAUGUCGGAAGUGUCUUUCAGUACCUCAAGAAAUUAGUAUUUGUUUAUUAUGUGGUGAAAUUGUGUGCUUGAAGCAAAAUUGUUGUAAGCAAAAUAAUAUUUGUGAGGCUGUGGAACACGCAAAUAAAUGCGGAGGUGGAACUGGAAUUUAUUUAGUGGUAGCGACAACAUACAUUAUCGUCAUUCGCGGAAAGAGAGCCUGUCUUUGGGGAUCAUUGUAUCUCGAUGACUUCGAAGAAGAGGAUAAAGAUUUAAAGAGAGGGAAACCUUUAUAUCUAAGUCAAGAUCGAUAUCAAUUAUUGGAACAACAGUGGCUUGCACAUAGAUUUGAUCACACGAAAAAGACUUGGGUGUGGCAUCGCGACGCGCUGUGACCUUUCAUUUUGUUGAAUGCAUAGCCCAUUCGAAGCGCAUCAAAAAAAUUUCAACUCUCUGACACACAAACACACACAAUUCCUCCAUCAAUCACUGACUCGCUAUUAAAUAACGCUUCGAAAACUUUUUAACAGUUUUGCUCCACUAGAAAUUAGACAUAUUUAUUCUCAAUUUUUUUUUCUAUUUUUUUCCGAUGCAAUGCUUAGUCGUUACAGUAAUAAUAAUAUUAAUAUUAAUGAUAAUUAUAAUGAGAUAAUUGAAAAUUAUGAGAUGUUUAUAAUCCAUAAUUUAAACUAUUGUCGUUCUUGAGAAAAUAAUGAUGAUGUUGAUGAUAUUGAUGAUGAUAAAAAAACGAUAAUUAUGAUAAAGUUUUAUAAUGAUCGUAAUUAUUUAUUGAUAAUUAUGAUAAACGAUGAUGAUUAUAAUUGAAAAAUUGAAAGUAUUAAAACGUGGUGAUAGCCAGUUUGCAAAAAAUUGAUCAAAUCGAAGAAGUUGAUUGAACUUGACUGUUGUUAAACUUUUGUAAAUUUUAUUUUAAAGUCUCUCAGAUCAUACGAUUGCAGUAAUAAUUUAACUGUGAGUUUUUACACCAAGAAAGAGAUAUAUUUUGAAAAAAAAAGAUUUACUGUCCCGUCGAUUCUCUAAUUUUUCUUUGCAACUUGAGUUAAAAAAUAAUUUUUCAGUUUUCUUCAUGUAAAUUUAUAUUUGCUCCUUGAUUUUUAAUUAAUAGAAACGAAAUUUAAUUACAAGCGAUAAAUUCAACAUUUUUUGGGUUUAAAAAUUAAUUUUGAUUUAAUUUAAAUUACAAUUGAAAAAAUUUGCUUCAUUUUUAAAGAAAGAAAAAUAUCUCUUUCUUUAAUUGUUUCAGUAUAAAUGGAACAAGAAAAUUAAUUUCGAUAAAAAAAAUCGCCCGAUAAGUAAAACGGGAAGAUAAUAAAUAUUUUUUGAGCAUUUUUGAAAAAGAUGUUUACAUCCGAAACAAUUUUUCUCUUGUGUCUAUGGAAUUAAGAAAAAAAUACGAAAUUUGUUAAUAAAAUUAAAGCUACAAAAUGAAAAAAUUCUCGAGAAGGAAAAUAAAUUAAUAAUUAUAGUAAAAAAAAAAAAAAAAAAAAAAAAAAUAAAAAAAAAAAUUCGUCCUAUUUUCAGCACAAUUUUCAUGUGUUGAUGUCACUGCUUGUCACAAAAAAAUAGACAAAGUGAUUAAAAUUAGGCUCCUUUUUUAUUAUACUUAAUAUAAUUCUAAAAUAUUAAGAUUUCGUUUAAUAGCAUGACAAUUGAAAAAGCAAUCACUGAAUGUCAUUAUUGACAUUUGAUUUUAAUUUUUUAAACUCAAAAAAAAUGUAAAUGGUUAAAAAAAGAGAAGGGACCAAUUCAAAUUCUGCUCAAGUUGAACCAUUUUCUUCCAAGUAUAAAAAGAAAUGAAAUUAGUGGAAAUUUUUGAUAUAAAAAAAUCUGCAGGAGAACAGAUUGAGAAAAUAGGAAGAGAUUUUUUGUUUUAAAUUUUAAAUAAAAAGGGGAAAAAUUUUUGACAUUACAAAAAUGCUCGAUUUUUAAUGGAAAAUGUAUUGAAUUUUUGGCAUGAGAUUGCUUUUUGUUAAGAUAAUUUAAAUGAUGAUGUAUAUUAAUAAUUGUAACUUUAUAUUA